CUGGUUUACCUGAAGACACACAAACACCAUGGAGCUGCGUCUCUCUGUCUGCAUCCUGCUGCUGCUGUGUACUGCAAAAAGCUCAAAUGGAGGAAAGAUUUUGGUAUGGUACACUGAGGCCAGCCACUGGAUCAACAUGAAGCCGGUACUGGAGACGCUGGUCGACAGAGGACACCAGGUGACGGUCCUGGUCCCGAGUGCAUCGAUGUUCAUGAACAGCAGCGAACCCUCCCGCUUCCAGUAUGAACCUUUUGAUGUCUCCGUCUCAGUGAAAGAUACAGAAAAAUGCUUUGAAGAUAUUCUUCACUUCUCCAUGUAUGAGAUGGAUUUCAUGAACAUCUUUCAGAUUUACAUUAGAUUUUUAGAUUUAAUGAAGAAUAACAUGAAGGUUUCUCUCAAGUUGUUGGACGGCGUGGUGAAAUCAGAAACCCUUAUGAAGAAGCUAAAGGAGGGAAACUAUAACCUGCUAUUUGCUGAUCCAAUCUACGUUGGCAGUGACCUGACUGCGGAUAUUUUGGGCAUCCCUCUUGUCUUUUCUUUGCGUUUUUCCUUAGCUCACAAUAUUGAGAGAAUGUGUGGUCAGCUGCCGGCUCCACCUUCCUUUGUCCCUGGUGCUGUGAGCAAACUCACAGACAAGAUGAACUUCUCAGAGAGACUGUGGAACGUCAUCUUCUAUACUCUGCAGGAUGUUGUGCUUGAACAGUUUAUGUGGAAAGAGUUUGACAAAUAUUACUCUGAAUUUAGAGAUGCCAGCCACUGGAUCAACAUGAAGCCGGUACUGGAGUUGCUGGUCGACAGAGGACACCAGGUGACAGUCCUGGUCCCGAGUGCAUCGCUGUUUAUGAAUAGCAGUGAACCCUCCCGCUUCCAGUAUGAACCUUUUCACGUCUCACUGUCGCUUAAUGAUAUGGAAAAGUUUCUUCAGGACUUUCUUCACUUCACCAUUUACGAAAUGGAUUUCAUGAACUACUUUCAGAUUUAUAUUAGAUUUUUUGAAUUAUUAAAGAAUAACAUGAAGAUUUCUCUGAAUAUGUUAGAUGGAGUUGUAAAAUCUGAAACCAUCAUGAAAAAGUUAAAAGAGGGAAACUAUGACCUGCUUUUUGCUGAUCCUGUCUACCCUGGGAGCGACCUAGUUGCAGAGAUUUUGGGGAUCCCUCUUGUCUACUCAUUGCGUUUUUCCUUGGCUCAUAACUGGGAGAGGAUGUGUGGUCAAUUGCCUGCUCCACCUUCUUUUGUCCCUGGUGCUAUGAGCAAACUCACAGACAAGAUGGACUUCUCAGAGAGACUGUGGAACGUCCUCUUCUACGCUCUGCAGGACGUCGUAAUAGAACAGUUUAUGUGGAAAGACCUUGAUAAAUAUUACUCUGAUAUCAGAGGAACACCCACCAGUGCUUGUAAAAUGAUGGGCAACGGUGACUUCUGGUUAAUGAGAACCUUCUGGGAUUUUGAUUUCCCUCGUCCGUUCCUUCCCAACUUCAAAUUUGUUGGAGGAAUCCACUGCAUACCAGCUAAACCUUUAUCAAAGGAAGUGGAAAAAUUUGUCCAAAGCUCUGGAGAUGCUGGAAUUGUGGUCUUCUCUUUGGGAUCUAUGGUCAAGAACCUGACCACCGAGAAAGCAAACAUGAUUGCCUCAGCCCUCGCUCAGAUUCCACAAAAGGUGCUCUGGAGAUACAGCGGUGAAAAACCCCAAACUCUGGGUUCUAAUACCAGAAUGUAUGACUGGAUUCCACAAAAUGACCUGCUAGGUCACCCUAAAACUAAAGCUUUCAUCACUCACGGUGGAGCAAAUGGGAUCUAUGAGGCCAUCUACCAUGGUGUUCCUAUGGUGGGACUCCCCAUGUUUGGUGAUCAGUCAGACAACAUGGUGCACAUGAAGGCCAAAGGAGCUGCAGUUAUUGUUAACCAUAACUUUAUGACAACUGAAAGUCUCAGAGAUGCUGUUAACACUGUCAUCAAUGACAAAUCUUACAAGGAAAAUGUAAUGCGACUGUCCAGAAUCCACCAUGACAGACCCAUGAGUCCCCGGGACGAGGCUGUUUUCUGGAUCGAGUUCACCAUGAGAAACAAAGGAGCAAAGCACCUGAGGGUCCAGGCCCACGAACUUACCUGGUACCAAUAUCUCAGCCUGGACAUUCUAACUUUCCUCAUUAUUAUAGAUCUACUUCUCAUCUUUAUCUUCUACAAGAUCUGCAGCUUCAGUUUUCAGAGGUGCUGCAGCAGAAAAAUUACAAAGAGAAAGGCUGAAUAAAAAUCUCCUGUUCUGAUGCUUUCCAAACUAAAUAAGAAUUCAUGUUGGUGGUGUUUGUAGCACUUUUCUAUUUAAGAGUUGAAAUACUUUUAACUUCAAAACAAGAAAUAAGACAAAAAGAAAAAAAAAAAAGAGUUUAUCACUUGUCUGAUCCUGACUAACUUUCCUCUAUGUAGUUUCAUAUGACAUUUUUUCAAAUCCAAACAUCUUUCCAGCCAAUUCAAACAUUUUACUUCAGCAUGAUACUGCCACCAUCAUUCAUGUCUGUAGGUGUUAACAGGGUAUCAUGUUGAGUGUCUAGUCGGUGUUCUUACAUGUUUUUGUUUCAGUGUGUUUAUAAGCUUCACAUUUGUACUGUAAUGCACUCUAAGUUAAAACUGAUCAUUAAAAAGUACUAUAUAAAAAUGA